UUUGACUAUUGAGUUCAUUAAAAGCUGAUUUUGGAAAAAUCUUAUCGCCUUAAGUUCUUACCUAUACACGAGUUGAUCACUACACAGUUGUAUGCAUGACUGCAUGUUUAAGUGUUUUUAAUGAGCGCCUGCCCUAACCUAACCGGUUUUUAACGCGAAUAUUGUUACUAAACAGUAAACACUUACAGCAAAUAGUUUCAUUGUUUGAGGCCUACAGCCAACUGAGCCAACAGGCCGAAUACAGCCGACCUAUCGCCGUAUACAGCCUAACAAUAUUAUAGCUGACCUGUCGUCUUCGUUGUCUAGGAGGCACCGUCCGAUAAAACUAUUACACAAUAAUAUCCGCCGGUAUAUCGAUUCGUCCGUCGUCUCGUUAGUUGUACAUCAGCAGCUGCCAAGUAUGCGUCAGCCGUCUCCUCCCGUUCCUCUCUGAUCGUCCGUUGUGUUUUAGAUUGUAUUUUAUUAAUUUAUUUUAGGUUUGCCGCCCGGUUUUCAGCUUUUUUUCCAUUUUAUUAUUGUCCCCUAUACCGUCUGUCAACCACUCUUGUCACCAUGUACAAUCUCAGCCGACUCGGACGUAACGUUUCGGAGAGCGUCCUGAGAACGGCGACCAUGUCGUCUGCUCGUGGACUUCAUGAGAUGCCAGAUCACCUCAAGGAUGUGCCUACAGCCGAGAACCCACGGUUCUUUGACAUGGUGGAAUAUUUCUUCCAUCGAGCGUGYCAGGUGGCUGAGGAUAAGCUCGUCGAGGACAUCAAAGCCAAGAUGUCCGUGGAAGAUAAGAGGAAAAAAGUCAAGGGAAUAUUGUUGGGCAUGCAGCCGUGCGAUCACAUACUGGAGACAUCUUUCCCAGUUCGCAGGGAUAGCGGUGACUACGAGAUGAUUACAGGUUACCGUGCACAACAUAGUACACAUAGAACACCAUGUAAAGGAGGCAUUCGAUUUUCAUUGGAUGUUUCCCGUGAUGAAGUAAAAGCUUUAGCUGCUUUGAUGACUUUCAAGUGUGCGUGUGUUGAUGUACCAUUUGGAGGUGCAAAAGCAGGCAUUAAAAUAAAUCCAAAAUUGUAUUCAGAAAAUGAAUUAGAGCAAAUUACUAGACGGUUCACRUUGGAAUUGGCUAAAAAGGGAUUUAUUGGACCUGGUGUUGAUGUACCUGCACCAGAUAUGGGAACUGGUGAACGCGAAAUGUCAUGGAUUGCUGAUACAUAUGCCAAAACUAUUGGGCAUUUGGACAUUAAUGCUCAUGCUUGUGUAACUGGUAAACCAAUUAAUCAAGGUGGAAUUCAUGGUCGUGUAUCAGCUACUGGUAGAGGUGUUUUCCACGGGUUAGAAAAUUUCAUUAUGGAGGCCAAUUAUAUGAGCUUGAUUGGUACCACACCUGGUUGGGGUGGAAAAACAUUUAUUGUUCAAGGUUUCGGUAAUGUUGGAUUACAUUCGAUGCGUUACUUACAUAGAGCAGGUGCUACAUGCAUUGGUGUAAUUGAACAUGAUGGUUCUAUUUACAACCCAGAUKGAAUUGAUCCCAAAGCAUUAGAAGAUUGGAGAAUAGACAAUGGUACUAUUUUAGGAUUCCCAGGUGCUCAGCCAUACACUGGCGAAAACCUCAUGUAUGAACCUUGUGAUAUAUUUGUACCAGCUGCCACUGAAAAAGUUAUAACAUCAGCUAAUGCUCAUAAGAUUCAAGCAAAAAUUAUUGGCGAAGCUGCUAAUGGCCCAACAACCCCUGCUGCAGACAAAAUUCUAAUAGAACGAAAUAUUUUGAUUGUGCCAGAUUUAUAUAUAAAUGCUGGUGGUGUGACUGUAUCAUUCUUUGAAUGGUUAAAGAAUUUGAAUCAUGUUUCUUACGGUCGCUUGACGUUCAAAUAUGAGCGUGAAUCAAAUUACCAUUUAUUAGAAUCUGUGCAAGAGUCAUUGGAACGUCGAUUUGGUCGUGUGGGAGGAAGAAUUCCUGUCACUCCUUCUGAAUCUUUCCAAAAACGUAUUUCCGGAGCAUCUGAAAAAGAUAUAGUGCAUUCUGGAUUAGAUUAUACAAUGGAACGUUCAGCUCGAGCUAUUAUGAAAACUGCUAUGAAAUAUAACUUGGGUCUUGAUCUUCGUACUGCUGCUUAUAUUAACUCAAUCGAAAAAAUUUUCACUACUUAUAAAGAGGCUGGACAAACUUUCUAAUUCUUUUGUUUCUACUGUUUAGGUGGAAGCUUAGGAAUUUAGGUGUUGACAAAAGCCAAAUUCAUAUUUUUAAAGACAAUACAAUUUUAAUUAUUAAUACCAAAACGAUGUACAACUUUUCAUUUAUAAAAUUUAUAUGAACGUAUAAUUAAAUUUUUCCUUGUUAACAAAAUUCAUCUUUAAAAAAAGACAUACUGUUAAAAAGUUUCUUUAUAGUACAAACUCAAUAUGGUUAUUUUAUAAAGUAUACAAACAUAAGUUUUCGUUUUUAUGAAUAUAAAAUCCCAUAUAUUUCAUAA